UCCGAUAAAAAUUUUUUUUCAGCGGAUUUUUGAUUUUCGUUUGGAGGAAUAACUCCUAGAGCACCACAUAAUUAUCAUUUUUUUUAGUUGAAAAUUCUUUGGGGGAAAAUAAAACCAAGAAAACUCGCUGGUUUAUUCAAUACUUACCAGCAAGAAGAAAAAUAUAAGAAUUAUAAAAAAAUCCUGUUAUUUUCUAAAUAUUCAUUACGGAUUUGCAUUUUUCUUCUCCAUGAAAGAGACAAGAUUUACAAGACUCAGACAAUGGGAGAUGAAUCAUCAUAAUGUUAAGAAAAAAUAAUCUAGUUUCAAUUGAGUGCAUGUCGUACAUGCAGGAUAUCAUAAGACGAAAAUAGAAAAUUCAUAACCCAUUUUGAUAAAUGUAAUUCUGAAACCGACACUGCGAGUUUCAUUAAUUUGACAAUUAAAUAAAACAAGAAAUUGAAGUUAUAAAUUACUGAAAAAUAAUAAUGUCACGAAAUUAGUGUCGUUAUAAUUGCGAUGACUACUGGGAGAUGGUUGCAAUUGGAUAUACGUAGUGCACUUCAACAAUAAACUGUAAUGGAUGGAUUAAUUGUUAAUAGGAAGAUUUAAUGUAAAUAACUAUGAUGAAAAAUGAAUGUCAUUUGAAUUGACACCCAACCUUACCCUCCUAGCUUUUCCUUUGAAGACGAUGAAAGAUUAGGUUAUACGAGUGUUUUCAAGCUGAAAUGUCACGUGUAAUUGUCAACACAACAGCAGAAUAAAGUGAAAGCAAAAAAUUAUAAAAAUGUCUUACAAUGGCUUUUACGAUUUGUGUAUUAAUUUCAAUGGAGAGAAUAAGGAAAAAUUACCUCGGCUAUUAUCUAGACUACAUGAAAUGGGAUAUCGUACGAUAGCAAUAAACCAGAGCCUCGAUGAGAGUGCCCUUGAGGUCGUAAAGAAGAAGAAAAAAAAGGGAGAGAGUGCUGAUACUAACGAUCCAUUGGCUGCUGUUAUAAAUCCAGUCGAUAUCGAAGCCUUGAGGGAUCAGUUUAAAGAUAAACUUUGCAUUCUUAGUAGAUUGACAUUCACCUUCACAGACACAGCUAAAACGUACACCCUGUGUCAAGCAGCGAGUUUCAAGAAAUUCCAUCUCUUCGCAGUAAUGCCGAAGAAUCAAGCUGCUCUGCAAUUCGCAUGUUCCCAGCUGAAUGUUGAUAUCGUGACAAUCAACUCAUCAAAUAGUAGUUUCAAAUUCACGAGGAAGCUGUACCUUCAAGCUGUUGACAGAGGAGUGCAUUUCGAAGUUCGUUAUGCUGAUGUCAUCGAUCGGACCACCAGGAAAAUGGCUAUUCAAUACUCCCAUUUGUUCCAUGUUUAUGGAAAGAGUAAAAAUGUUAUACUCUCGAGUGGCACUGCUGACUAUACGAUGGUCAGGAAUCCCUAUGACAUCAUCACUCUUGGUGCCCUUUUUGGUCUCAGCGAGGUCAAAGCAAAAGCUGCAGUUUCAGGACAAUGUCAUCAUCUUAUUCUUAAAGCUGAAGGAAGACGGUUUGGAAAAGCUGUAUUUGGGAUAGAGACCACUGGUGCAGCCUCUGCGAGUGAUGAAGAUGAUACAGACGAUGAUGAACCUGAAACAGAAAUUCCUCCAAAUCCGAAAAAAGUGAAAGUGUAAUUCCAUCAAUCGAAUAAAAAAAUUAGUAAUAUUCAACAGCUAUUUAAUUUCCUGUAAAUUUCACCACUUUCGUUCAAGAGUUUUAAGUAUACAACAAAUAUGUGCAUUCAGUUUUCCAUUAUUUCAAUAUUUUUCAAGACAAAAAAGACCCUAGUCUUCAAUUAAAUUAUUUUCUUGAUAAUA